GAAUCCACCGUCGCUUCUCUCGUCCCUUCGCCUCCUCUCGUUCCCCUUCCUCUCUACAGUAACCUCUCCAAAAUCUCUCCCUUCCGGCCCCUCUUCCCCUUCGAUUCCGAUGGUUCGCCGCCGGCGAGGGUUGGAGGAGGGGUCCGGCCACCUUCCCCUAGUAGUAUUUAGUCAGGUUUGUCCUGUUCGUAGCUAGUCUCGUGUCCUAGAGUUUGCCGGUGUUGCCUCCCAUGGUGGCGGCCGGUGUGGUGGUCCUUGAUGGCGGUGGUGGUUGGAGCUGGUGGCUUUGUGCCUCUAUGAUGGGGAAUCGAAGCUCUGGUGGGGGAUUCACCCUCCCGCUUUGGUCCCAAAGGGUGGUGAAGAUUCCAGAUCUGAGUUACCUUGGUGGUGAUGGAGGCGGUUCCAGCGGCGGUUGCUGGAGGUGCCCUGCGUGCGUGUGGGCACACGCUGGUGGUGGCAACUACGUCGCGCUCGGCGUUGUGGCGGUCGUCGUCUCCCUCCGUUGUACUUGUGCUGGAGGUGGCGACGGCGUGUACGCCGCCCUUGGCGUUGCUGCGGUCAUCGUCUCCCUUCGUCGUGCUUGCGCUGGCAGUGGCGACAGCGUGUGCACGGCGCUCGGUGCCGCUGCGGUCGUCGUCUCCCUUCGUCGUGCUCCUGUCGUCUGCUGCGCCCCAGCUUGCGCUGCCCCUGUUGCAGCCUCUGCCUCUGUUGGCAGCAGCCAUGGUUGGUUAGAUGACGACAAUCUCCUCCAAGUCAAUGUCUUUGGGAUUUUUGUGAUUGGGUGUUUGCUUCGGCUAGAUUCUUGUGGUUCCAAGUUGCAGGUCACCUCCUUCUUAGCCAUCGUCGUCCUCACAGCAAGACAUAAGUCAAUUGGCAACCUCUCAAAUGCCCCAUUGUUGAUGGUUGGCUGGUCUAUGGUUUGGCCCUCUCUUUUGUUUCCUAGCAGCAGAAACCGCGUAUAGUUUGUCAUUCGGGUUGAGCUCGGAACCCCUGUGCAAUUUUCAUUAUCAGGGUUGUUGUUAGAGUUCCUCAGAUUCAAUGACGAAUCCCGUGGGGAUGCUUCGCUGAAUCCGGUGAUGCUCGCACCAAAAUCUAUGGCUCAACAAUUAUCCUCGAUCUUGUGCCGUUCCCGUGAAGGCAACCAAAGGGGAUCAACGGUUUGUCAAGCGGUGUGCAAUUCAACUGAGGCCCAAGGUAGCAGUCGUCGCGGUUUUAAGACGUCGUGGCUCUACAAUCGUCACGGCAUCAACGCAGCUCCCUAUCGGCUUGCUCCUUUUUCUGCUAUUUUGUUACAUCUGGAAGGCUUCCAUAGUUUGGUUAAUCCUCUUUCUUUAGGGUUGUCUCUAAUGCUUUCAGCUACUAUCCUUUGUUGUGUACUGGGGUUUAUCCCCUAAUAUCUGUUCUUACUUAAUAAAGUUGUUUGUGUUUAAAAAAAAAAUCCACCGUCA